AUGGGGCGUCUUCUCCCAGGUCGCCCACGGGCGGAAAGGCGGGCCCUCACCAGCCUCGCGAUUGCUUCUGUGUUGGUUGGCAUCUCAUGGACUUGGUCUGCCACGUUCUUCGGAGGCAAGAAGAAGAGCAAGGACGUACCUGCUGAUGAAAAGGCAAGAAUCAUCAGCAUCCUGGGUCGGGAGGUUGUUGACAGCCGAGGGAACCCGACUGUAGAAGCAGAGCUGACCACAGGAUUUGGCACUGUUCGUGCUGUGGUGCCCAGUGGGGCUUCAACAGGAAUCUACGAGGCGCUGGAACUGCGAGACGGCGGCAGCAGAUACCAAGGACAAGGUGUCUCCAAAGCUGUGAGCAACAUCAACCGUGUGAUCGCGCCGAAGCUGAAAGGAAAGGAUGUCCGCUUUCAGAAGGAUCUCGAUGAGCUGAUGAUCUUCAAGCUGGAUGGGACGGAAAACGAGUGGGGUCACCCCAAGGCAAAACUUGGGGCUAACGCGAUCCUUGCUGUCUCAAUGGCAAUCUGCCGAGCAGGAGCAGAGGCUUUCGGCCUGGAACUUUUCGAAUACAUUGGUGAGUUGAAGGAGACUAGCUUUGAGGUGGAAAACGUUGAUGUUCAGCGUGCGAAGCACAAGAAGUACAAGAUGCCUGUUCCGAUGAUGAAUGUAAUCAACGGUGGCCGGCAUGCCGGAAACAAGCUGCCAAUGCAGGAGUUUAUGAUUUCUCCAACGGGGGCCAAGACCUUCAAGGAGGCACUGCAGAUUGGCUCUGAGGUCUAUCACUCACUCAAGAACGUGGUGGUGGCCAAGUACGGCAAAUCCGCGGCGGCAGUCGGCGAUGAAGGUGGCUUUGCACCGAACAUCCAGGAGAACGACGAGGGAUUGCAGGCAUUGGUGGAUGCGAUCAAGGAAGCUGGCCACACUGGCAAGGUGAAGCUUGCGAUGGACAUUGCUGCAUCGGAGUUCUACAGUCAUGAGGACAAGACCUACAACCUUGGCUUCAAGGUUGACAAUCCAGAUCCUUCCUUGGUCAAGAACAAAGAUCAACUCAUGGACUUCUACAAGGACAUCAUCUCCAGAUAUCCGAUCGUGUCGAUAGAGGAUCCCUUUGACCAGGAUGACUGGGAGGCGUAUGGCCAGAUGGUGCAGGAUGUCGGCAAGGAUGUCCAGAUAGUUGGCGAUGACCUGCUUGUUACGAAUCCGAAAAGGAUUGAGUAUGCCAAGGAGCACAAGGCUGCCAACGCCCUGCUUCUUAAGGUCAACCAGAUUGGAAGCAUCAGCGAGGCUGUAACAGCCUAUCUUGACAGCCACGCAGACGGCUGGGGUGUCAUGGUUUCUCACCGCAGUGGUGAGACAGAGGACACAUUCAUUGCGGACCUGGCAGUCGGCCUCAGCACUGGCCAGAUCAAGACCGGCGCCCCCUGCCGUUCCGAAAGAGUCGCAAAGUACAACCAGCUACUUCGAAUUGAAGAGUAUCUGGGCCGCAGGGCCUACUAUGCUGGCGACGGCUUUCGGGACUCCUGA